AUGCCCGAACUUUAUCUGAUUCGGACCGGGCAGCAGAAAACGACAGAAGCUUAUGAUAUAGAUAUCGGGCAGGUCGGGCAGGCAAACAAGCAGAUACAUCUAGUCGCCGUCAAAGUGGGGCUGCGCGUUCCCUCCCUCGAUCCUCGGGCUCUCUUUUUAUAUUCUCUUGGUCUGUCACCGUUGACAUGUGGGUUGUUUCUUAUUGGAGAAGGUGGAACUUACAAAAGCUUAAGUCGAGACGAUGAACAUCUUGGCUCAGAGAAUUUCUUACUGACAUAUAUAUAUGCCAAGGAUCUUCCCAUGCUCAAAUCAAGGUCAGCCAAUCCAAAUUUGAAGCUACCAAGACUAGAUUUGGUUCCUUAUGGGAGUUCGCAUUUUAAUGCAUGCUUUAGCAAUCCAUAA